AUGGGCGCGCGGGGGCAGCCAGGGGUGCACGCGUCCACUCCGUGGCACGUGCUGCACCAUAUAGGAGGCCCCCACGUGCAGUGCCUCGUUACUAGUCCUUUAAAACUCCAAGCUCCCAAGGAAUACACCGAUGUGAGCACUCCAGGCGCGUACAAGUUCGUGUCGGAGCUAUGGAGGAGGAAGCAGUCCGACGUGAUGAGGUUCGUGCAGCGCGUGCGUUGCUGGGAGUACAGGCAGCAGCCCGCCAUCGUCCGCAUCACCAGGCCCACCCGCCCCGACAGGGCACGCCGUCUCGGCUUCAAGGCCAAACAGAUCCUGUUUCUAUGUGAUUCGUACACACUCAAGUAUGUUCGCAUAUACGCCGGUUAUGUGAUCUACCGUAUCCGUGUGAGACGUGGUGGCAGGAAGCGCCCAGUGCCCAAGGGUAUUGUUUAUGGCAAGCCCAAGCACCAGGGUAUUACCCAACUCAAGUUCCAGAGGAACAAGAGGUCUGUUGCUGAGGAAAGAGCUGGGCGCAGGCUUGGUGGUCUUCGUGUCCUCAACUCCUACUGGGUGAAUGAGGACUCCACCUACAAGUACUUUGAGGUCAUCCUUGUUGAUGUUGCUCACAGCGCUGUCCGCAACGAUCCAAGGAUCAACUGGCUCUGCAAGCCUGUGCACAAGCACCGUGAGCUGCGUGGUCUCACCUCUGCAGGAAAGAAAUUCCGUGGUCUGCGUGGCAAGGGUCACCGCCACCACAAGAACAGGCCCUCAAGGAGAGCCACCUGGAAGAGGAACCAGACCGUCUCCCUCCGCCGCUACCGUUAA